GUUCAUGUAAAUUGAGUUUUAGUCACACUGGUGGGAUUUCAAAAGUCUGAACAGCCAUAGUUUUUCAUGAACAUAGUCUACAGCGGGUUUAGCCACCCUGGUUAAUCCAACACUCGGCACAGCGUCGACGCAUGGACAGGACAUGCCUUCGGAGAACUUGUUGCGGGAAUACAAUGCAGAAACAGGCAAUGCAGUUGAAUUGUCAGCAGCCGUGAAAAACUUCAAGCAGAGUGAAGCUCUUGAAUCCGUGGAUGGCUUCGACAGGGACUUGAUGACGUUACAGGACCAGAUUCUCAACUUAUCUGUGCGCACCCAUAUGCUGGAAGUGGACCUCGCUACCCUCUUCAGCCCCGACCUGAUUCUGGAACUGGAGAAAAUGGACCAGAGCUGCGUUGAAUGCACUCUAGACUUAGAGAAAAUGGCGUGUGAGGAGUUCUCUUCACUAAACGCGGACGCUGAACCUCCAGUAUCCCAGACAGAUUCACUACUGCCAUUGGACCAGCCAAACGAAGUCAACGAUGAAAAAUCCAACAAUGUGCAGUGUAUGUCAGACAAAUCAGCACUUGAUGUCGAUGAUGCUGAUGAGGAUAAAGUGGGCUAAAAUUAAGCUCACCCAUCACUUCAUUUUUACCAAAAUGAGGUUUCAGUUUCAGCCAAUUUGAUUGUUUUGCAAUUUUUCUGAUGUUGUUGAAAUAGGCUGGAAUAAAUAAAUUCUCUAUAAAAGUAUUGAUGCAAGCA